AUGGGUGGGAUAUUACUCCCUACGCUGGCCGAUUCGGUCAAGCAUGAUCUUCAGCACCCAUCGAAAUGCUCGACCAGAACCGUGACCACUUUGCGACAGCUGUUUAUGAGCACCGUGAACGAUGAGCUACCAAAGAAAACAAAAACGUCGAAACGAGCAACUGCAAGCAAGCCAUCUUCAAGACCCACGCGAACCAUCAGAGUCCGAGGCACUUCGAAGAAUGCUCUUCCCCCACAGCCGAUGAACGAGGAAAACCCGCCGGUAUUGUCAAAACACGAAAAGCUGGUACUUGCGACUGAAGUGUUUAAUAUCGCAUCAAAACUGCUCUCUGAGCAUAUCAAGAAGCAUUCAUCUCCGCGAAUUACCAAGACAGCUGGGGAAAAUGGAAGUCAACAAGUUAGGACUACCAGCCCGGCAAAAAUACCGUUGCAGCCAGCAUCGCCCAACCCCAAAGUUCACCAAGCGGAGAACCCGAAGAAGAUCCCAGAAGAAGGUAUAAAACGCAACGGGAACUGCCGAAUCAAUCUAAUCGCGGAGUGUGCCAUACUAUCAUUAGAGAUUCUCCGCAGUAUACGAAUCUCCGAAGACAAUUUCGACCCGAAUAACAUACAUCUUGGGCAGGGAAUAAAUAUACUGGUUGGGAAACUAUUGAUUCUUGGACUCCAGGACUUGGCCCUAAAGGGGUUGUGGAUGCUGAAAUCCACUCUUCUGAUUGCCAUUGAAGCGGAGCGAACGAAAAGAACAAAUGGGUUCGAGAGAAAGUAUCUGGAUUCGCAGAAUGCUUCGCUGGAAUCACUCCUAGAAUUCCAAACCCUUCCAGAAAAUGGGUCACUUCUACAACUUAUGGUGUCCUUUCAAUCCUAUGCUUUCAAAGUUCUUUUAAUCGAUGGGAACUUCACCACCGGCCAUAAAGCUCUUCAACAACUGCGGUUAGGGAAUCCAUGCAGCCCUACGAAUACCAUUCUAGCAGCAAACAAAAUAGGAAUUGUCCCUGACGAUAGGGCAGCCCAACAGCUCCAGUUUCAUUCACAAAAUGUGCUAACUUACUCCAUCAUACUCUCUCCUGCAGAGGAGAAGCAAGCUCUAAUCACUCGUCCAGAAAAUCCAAUGGUCCCUUUACUACUUCAGUUCCUGGCAUUGGAAAUCCGCUGUAUCUGGUGGAAACUGUCCGGCCAUAAGUUGGACCUAGCUAAAGAACUUUGGGGCCCGCUUUCCCGAUUUAUUUCGACUUACGUUCGACGGUGCCCCAAUUCUCACAAGCAUGAGUUUGAUGCCAUUCAGGCUGCGUUUAAUCAAUUGGAAGCCCGGCUAGAGUCAAUUAAACCCCUAGGAGAUGAUGAAUACAAGUCUUCAUCGAUGGCUACAGUUGUAAAAACACUUGGCCAAAUAGCUUACAGCGCUGGCCGGCUAGAAACCGCGGCUGAACUUUGCGAGGCUUCCUCUACGUCGCUCGGCGAUGUACGGCCAUUGCAACGUGCAAUAUACCAAUGUCGAAAGGCUUUACUGAAGGUUGAAUCACUGAAGUCACAGUCUACUUCAGAGUCCGAAGCUUUCCAGGCAGUCAAUGAAGCUGCAACAAAUUUGACUGCAUCCAUGAAGGGUAAUCAAAACGAACUGGACGAGCUACUCAUGGAAAGUGCGCUCCUUAAGAAAAUAAUCAUGAAACAUAUAUCUCAAAUGGAACCAUCUUCCAAGAAACGACUAGAUGGCCCAAACACGACCCAUGAUUCAGCCCUAGCUUAUUUGACGAGUUUUCUAAAAUUUCUUAUACGUUACCUGGCACCAGCAGUCCACGCUUCUCAGCAAGAUGAUUCUAAUGCCGUGACGCAAUAUCUGCAAAGAUGCGGUAACAUUGUUUUGGCGGCAAUAGAUUCGGGGAUUGCUGUUGGAAAACUUUCUUCAGGCUGCGGUUCGCUAUCCUGGGCCAAAGUUGAGGCCCUUCUGCCCAUUUGUGUCUCACUCAGUCAGCUACUGCAAAACCUCGGUACUUCGUGUGAACUAGAGAGCUGUCUAUCUGGCGAAGCGUCAGUUCGGUUACUAAGAAUAUCGAAUUUAUACUGGGCAACAUAUAUGCGGUAUAAAGACCUUGGUAAUGGCCCUGUUGAAUUGCUUCUACCCGUGGAACAGGCUACAAGUAUCCUGCAACAUUCCGCCCUUACGGAACAGAUAUCAGGACUUCUUGCAAUUAAAUUCGAGAGGCAGGCAGCGUUGUAUUCAGAAAUCGGCAAGUCCAAACAAUCGACCAAAGCAUAUACCUCGGCAAUUCAUACCCAUUUUGAAGCAGGGGUUUUAGCAACUGCCUGUCAACUGUCGUCUAAGGAACAUCCGCGUCUUAUUUGGAAGGACCCUAAAGGACCCGGGUAUGCCCUCAACCGGGUUUUAAGCUGCUAUAUCAAGGAGCAAAUCAAAUGUGCUUCAGGAGCAAAUUCGGUGAUAUAUGAUGCUGAAGAUCUCAAACCAUGUCAGCGAGCAACUCUUCUUGAACAGGAACUGAACAUCCUCAUGGGACUUAAUGGCCCUUCAGCGUCAUCCAUAGUGACGGAGACUCUUCCGCCGUUAUUGUCAACAAUCCUCUCUUUGUUGCCCUUGGACACCUACCCGAUCCGCCGAACAAGGAUUAUCCAUCAAACCCUGCAGUAUCUGCUAGAAACUAAUGCGAAUUCCAGCAAGGAAUUUUCCAAAUUUAUUCUUACUGAAGCAGCCCACUGUUUGUCCUCCUCCAUUUUACCGGCCGAAGAUAAAGAUUUGGUUUUAUUUCGAGACGAUCUUCAGGCAUCAUUAAUGAUCACUGUUGCAUUCUAUUCAGGUAUGACGCCUUUGAAUGUUUUUGAGAACGCCAUCCAGACCUGGGUCGUUAUUGUUCAAGGCUGCGAGUCAUGGGAAGCUGUCCAAAACCGGAUCGGGGACCCUCUUUCCUUAAUCAUUCAUUUACGCAGUUUGUCAGAUUAUCUUGAAAUCAGAGGGCUGUGGAGACUGAGGAUAUCUGCCCUUGUUACUAUCAGUCAACUACUUAUUCUGCAAGACAAGCCAGACUUUUCAAUGAUGGUUUCUUGUUAUUCAUCCAUUGCUCUCCAAUACUGCCGACUAGGGUAUUUGGACAAAGCUUACUAUAUGCAUAACAGAACUAAGGCAGUUAUACAAGAACAUACAAUAUCUCCCCAUGCAUUGCUUUCCUGGCAUCUGAGCUUUGCGGAGUAUAUUUUAGAAAGGGGAGAUCACUCAAAGAGUAUCGAGAGCAUAUUUCAAGUUCAAUCAGUGUUUGAUAACGUUUCUGCGGAUCUUUCAAAGGAAACUUUCCAAACGAGGACUGCAUCUGAGCGUUUGGCAACGGACGCUGCGACUAUAUUAUCUCGGUCUUUCUACGCUAAGGGAUAUCCUAAUGAAGCAGCUUACUAUGCAAAACGUGCUGUCAAGCUUAGUAGUCGAUUAUGGACCCGUCUAGAGAAAUAUGUCGAAGCAAAGUCAGAGAAGCAUUGCAGAGAUAAGAGCACAGAUCCAGACUCCCUUGCAGAUGGUAUAGCCACUCUCCAUAUCCGUACGAAUAACAGCAGCCCACCAAAAAGUCACUUCGAAGGCUCCGUUUACUGGCCAUAUAUGUCUUCUCAUGUCGCGGCGUUACUUCAACUAUCAAGAAUCUCAGAUCACAAUGGAAUCUUCCAGGAUGCAGUCUAUCACGGAGAACAAGCAAUAGCUGUUUGUGAUGCGGUGGGUGCUCAAGCACUAUCCUCCCUCAUUAGAGCAGAACUAGGCGAUCGUUUUAUUCGAGGAGGCCGUACGCACAAAGGAGCCGAGCUCCUUGAAAAGGUACACGCCCUACCCCAGGAAGAAUGCGAUUUUCCCCUGUCCAUUUCAGUCAAUAUGCAUAUGGCAUCUCUCCACGUCCAGCGAAAGGAAGUUGAAUGCGCUUAUCGUGUUGUUUCGGAUUGCAUUAAUGCCCUCUCGGGUUUCACCAACACUAGCACUGUGGAUUCUUUGGACCCUUUCAUCGAGCCUAUAAAGGAAAUUGUCAAACAAGCGAGGGAUAUGAAUAUUUCUUCCCCAAAAAAAUCAGGUUCUCGCUCUGCUACCAGCACUACACGCUCGCGCAGUGCUAGAAAACUACGCCAGGCCAAAUCGGUCGCUCGGUCGAACACCCCUAUUCCUGAUGAAUCAGAAAGUGCGCAAAAUCAAACGCUUGCUACACGACUUCGCAGCAGUCUCAUCCGAAAGCAAGCCAUGCUUUUGCUUGCAUCACAACAAUUUGACCAAGCCGCCGGUUUACUUGAUCAAGCGGAUAAGAUCCUCGAAGCAGAAACGGCAAUAUCCAGUAAUAAGCUUUGUCGAGUGCAUUAUAUGCUAGGGCUAGCGGUGCAGCAGCUCUCUGCACAUUCCGUUUACUGUGUUCUCCCAGAGUCAACUAUUUCACUUCCAUCUUUAGAUUCGGGAGGCCAGGGUUUAAAAGGGAGCUCGCGAUCAAAAUCACGGCCUGGAAAAACGGCGAAAACUGCCAUACAUUCUGAAAUUAACUUUUCAGAAACGCUAUCCACCGCAAGCAAAGUCCUUGCAGAUAUCUCUUUGCCAAUAUCCCGACAUGGGUCUAGUAAGGAGGGUCAUGAAGCCUCAUAUCUUCGAAGCCGAACGUCUAUGCUAGCUUUUGCAACAUCAACAACGAGAAGCUGUGACGCAGAUCCAUGUCUCAUUGCUCAUUCCAUCGAGCUGGGUCGCAAUUCCGCAUUCGCACGCGACCAUUUGUCAAUUGUCUCGGAUAUAGAACUAUCGAAUCAAAUGGGUCGUUUGGAUUGGCCCGCCCUCCCAUCCGCCAAUUUGGAUGUAGCGCUUUCGGAGGAGGCUUGUUUCAUGGAAAACUACGUCGAGAUCCUCCCUCCUGAAUGGGACGUCAUAUCAAUAACCCUUUGCCCGAGUCAAAAUGAGUUUAUCAUAUCCAAACUGCGCCAGGGCCAAUGUCCGUUGAUAUUGCGUCUACCGCUCAAAAGAGGCGGCGAUGAUGACAUGGACGAGGAUACAUUUAGCUUUCAGGAGAGCAAAGCGGAACUUCUAGAAAUCAUUCGUCUUGCCAAUGCCAGUGCUCAUAAUACCGGCACAUCUCUUGGUAAGAGAGAAAAGAAAGCAUGGUGGGAAACCCGGGAAAAUCUCGACAAACAGCUUCAAGAUCUUCUACAAAAUAUCGAGACAGUAUGGUUUGGGGGAUUCCGUGGCAUAUUUUCUCAAGCCCCUAGGAAUGAUCCGCUCUUACGGAAAUUUACCGCUUCCUUCAAAAAAAUCCUUGACAAGCACCUUCCGUCAAGAAAGGAGAAACGAGGAAAGGCCAAGGCUACAUAUCCAGCUUUUGAUCCUUGGGUGAUGGAACUUUUUGUCAAUAUCGGCAGACUUGACGACGAGAUGAAUCCAGAAGAUGCUGUUAUGGAUCUGUUAUAUUAUGUCGUUGAUAUCCUUCAGUUUCACGGUGAGACAAACGCAUACGAAGAAAUAGAUUUCGAUAUGAUGGUAGUGGAAACAUUAAAUUUGCUACAUCGUUAUGCGGACGAAUGCAAGUGGGAGCAAGCGCCAACACCCCCUCGACACACCAUAUUGGUUCUGGAUAAGUCACUCCAUGCAUUUCCCUGGGAGUCUAUGGAGUGCCUGAGAAAUUGUUCAGUCUCACGCAUGCCCUCACUUGACAGCGUCAGAGACCAGAUAUUACGGCUGACAUCCCAGGAGAGACAUGAAGGUGGUCAAUUCGGAUUCUAUGCUAAUCGAAAUAGCGGCACUUAUUUACUGAAUCCAGCUGGUGAUCUCAAAUCUACGGAGGAUCUUUUCAAGGAGCCACUUUCCGCAUUGAAAGGUUGGUCCGGCCGAGUAAAGACGGCACCAACGGAAGAAGAAUUUGAGUCAUCGUUGCGAACUAAAGACAUCCUGUUAUACUUUGGACAUGGCAGUGGAGCUCAGUAUAUCCGAGGUCGAACUAUUCGAAGGCUGGAUAAGUGCGCUGUGACCUUCCUUAUGGGGUGCAGCAGCGGUGCGAUGACUGAGGCUGGUGAAUUUGAAUCAUAUGGGACCCCGUGGAACUAUAUGCAUGCUGGGACACCAGCUCUGGUAGCAACUCUCUGGGAUGUCACUGAUAAGGAUAUUGACAGGUUCACUGCCUCUGUGUUUGAACAAUGGGGACUUUUACCAGCCCCGGCCACGACUGCGAAAGGGUCCGUUGCAUCAGCUUCAGGUAUCAAAUACACAGGCCAAGUCGGCCUAGACACGGCCAUAGCUGGCUCCCGGGAUACUUGUAUUCUCAAAUACUUGAAUGGAGCAGCACCGGUUGUAUAUGGAGUUCCUGUCUUUUUGAAAUAA